AGGAAUGGACGCACAAAAAUGCAGCUUUCACAACAGCCCCUGUCUUGCAUUCGCACAGAUUGGACUUCCCCUACUAUAAGGAACUAAAAAACGAUUUUUUUUUUCAUAUUUCCGUCUUAUUUGUGGAUGAGGAAAACGCGAGGAGCAUUUUGGGCAGGAAUCAUGAAGCCUUUGUGAUAGGAUGAGAAGCCCAGUGCCUCGGUUCAGGGACGUCGAGAAGCAGGCGAGCAGCUUGCAACCUGUGCAGUGUGAUCCUCCCUGUCAUGACAGACAGAGCACCAUGUGGUUUGUUCGGGACGCCUGUGGCAUUGUCUGUGGUGUUAUCACAUGGCUACUUGUUUUCUUUGCGGACUUUGUCGUGCUGUUUGUAAUGCUGGUUCCAUCCAAAAACCUCACCUACAGCUUACUGAAUGGUGUAGUCUUUAACAGCCUUGCCUUUAUGGCUUUGGCAUCCCACUUCAGAGCCAUGUGCACAGACCCGGGAGCAGUACCAAAAGGGAAUGCCACAAAAGAAUACAUAGAAAGCUUGCAGCUCAAGCCAGGUCAGGUGGUGUACAAAUGUCCUAAAUGCUGCAGCAUCAAGCCUGACCGAGCUCACCACUGCAGUGUCUGCAAGCGAUGCAUUCGAAAGAUGGACCACCACUGCCCAUGGGUCAACAACUGUGUUGGUGAAAAUAACCAAAAGUACUUUGUGCUCUUCACGAUGUACAUCGCACUCAUCUCUUUGCAUGCCUUGGUCAUGGUGGUCCUCCAUUUUUUGUACUGCUUUGAAGAUGAUUGGACGAAAUGCAGUACCUUCUCACCUCCAGCAACAGUCAUCCUCCUCAUCCUCCUGUGCUUUGAGGGCCUCCUCUUUCUCAUCUUCACCUCUGUGAUGUUUGGCACCCAAGUCCAUUCCAUCUGUACGGAUGAGACGGGUAUAGAGCAGUUGAAAAAGGAAGAGAGAAGAUGGGCUAAAAAAACUAAAUGGAUGAACAUGAAGGCGGUAUUCGGACACCCCUUCUCAAUAGCAUGGUUUAGUCCAUUUUCUACACCCGACCAUGGGAAAGCUGACCCCUACCAGUACGUGGUCUGAGUUCAGGAAGAAUAGCCCCCUUUCCUUUCCAGCUUUAUGGUAGAGACUGGAGCUCAUUGGACCUGUUUAACUCCAAAUACCCUCGCCAGCAUCCGUGAUUGUAAUCCUGACUUGAGCGAUGUUUCUUGCAUUACAUUUACCAGAGGGACUAUUUUAUUGCUGUAUUCAAACCUAUAUGUGAAACAUUUAUCUCAUAAAUUGUAUAUCUUUGCAUCCAUUUUGUUUCUGGGAAGGAACACUUCAAGAUCGUAGCUUAUUUUACACCAGACGGAGCAAACGCUUCGGCAGUGUUGCAGUUGUGCUUGCACUGUGUUCAUCAGUGUAGCAUCUGACUGCAGAGUAGAUAUUUUUCCUGAUUAAGUUGCUGCAUUAAGUUGCUUUUUAUAGGUGAACACUAGGAGCCAACUUGCUUGCACCUCCAGCCUAUUGCUGAGCACAUGACGAGCGAGAUAUCUGAUUGAUAACUGACUCAGUUAUUAUAGCUUAUAUAUUUUCAAGCCACAAACUGAAACUGUUUGUACGUAACCUAAGCAGUAUCGACUCCACCACUGCUUAUGAUAUAAAUCAUUUAGUAUUGUAAAGAAUGUAUGAUGUUAAACACGAUGCAUUGUAAUAGUCAUUAGUUAAAUAUAUUCUGUAGUAUGAUUUUUAAUCAAGUUACAGACAGAAACACUUGUGGUUCAUGAGUUGCUACUGCAGUGCUACCAAAGCUGUGGAUUUUAUUUUAUUGCGCUAAGCCACAUGUCCUGUCCCACUGAAAUGACGCCACUAAUCAGGGAGCGCUUGUGUCUUGCCAUGCGUGUUGCAUCGCUUCUGGUGUAAAAUGAGCAUUACAAAUGCUACUCAAUAGCCUUAUGUACAUGUAUUAAUAUUCACAUGUCUAUAUGAGAUGAGGGAUCAGGAACAAGGGAAUUGAUUAAUUCUGUGCCAUCUUGUAACAUUUAAUUUCUGUAAAACUCCAGCCGAACACAAAUAAACCUUUUUUUUUUUUUUUUUUUUUCACCCCCCCUUUUUUUUGUCUAUGAAUGAUCAAAAUGCAGCCUGUUGUAAACCAUUCUGUCCGUUGCAUUCCCUUUCAGGGAGUCGGAGUAUAUAAAGUAGUUAGGAGAUUUAAAUGGCAUGUCACACUAAGUAUUGUUACUACCGAAUAAAGAAUGAUGUGAUCAUUAUAUAAAGAAGAUAAUGUAUCAAGGAACUGUCUCUUGCAGUGGUGCAGGAGUAUACACAAUAAAACACACAGGGUUCAUAAAUGGAUCAGUGCAAGACCGUGGUUAAUGGUUAAGUUUAUAAAUAAUAUCAUAUCACAUGCUAUGACCACUGAGGGGAAACCAGGUCAGUGUGAUUUUAUUAAAAAUUAUUUACUUUAAAUCUGUAAAUAAAUGAUGUGGUGUUUGUUUUUUAAAAACAUUAACAACUAUGAUUUUUUUUUUUUUUAAUCUGUUAGAUUUUUAAUAGCCAAUGAGGAAAAAGUCAUCUUUUUUAUUAUUAAUAGUCAUGAAAAAAAACCUUCAAAGUUGGGGUAUAUUAUUUAUAUAUAAGAUAUAAAUUCGAAUACACUGCCUGGCCAAAAAAAAACUUCUAAUUACGCACUAAUGUUUUAUUCAACUGCCUUUAUCUAUCAUGGUGGCCAAUACAUGUGUGAAAAUGAUUCCACUCUCAUGGUUUGAAUCCUGAAUGAGUGGAAACUCCAUAGAUAAGAUAACCUGCUACAUGAAGUCACCAGCUGAUUUCAUUUAAUUGCCACAUAAUGUAGACCUGACCAAUCAUAACGCUGUCUCCAGAGGCUCAUACAGGGGACACACUGCACAAUGAGUGCAUCGCUUCAUGCGUGUCCCUACUUACCCUGACGCACCCAUCACUCUAGUAUAGGGCCAAUCAGACCACACGACCUUUUUCCAUUGCUUCAGUGUCUAGCAAAGAAAUAACAGUUCUUAGUUCUCAGUACAUUGAGAGCAUGGAAAUGCUCUUACUUUGACUAUUAAACAUAACUG